AUGACGGUGUUUGUUUUAGAGUGUGUUGGACGUUGUCACAGCGACGACGACGCCCGCAGCGACCACAGCGACCUCUCCGGGUCAGCCACGGAGGCCUCGUCCCUCGUUGCAGUGCGCGCCGGAUGUUGCAGCUUCAAUCCCGUGAGCGAGCGAGGCAAGAAAUGGCAUCAAGUGCAGAUGAUCAUCCUGCCCUUCAUCCCCAUCGCGGCGCUCAUCCUCCAGAACUGCUGGUUCAUGGCUCGCGUCUCAUCGCACCAGGCGGAGAUGCAGUGGCUCGGGAAGCAGGUGGGCAGGCGGGUGUGUGUGGAUGGGUGGCUGUGUGUGUGCUCUUAUUUGUUUGUUCGCGCUUGUGUUUAUGAAUGUGUAGAUAUAGGUAUGCAUGCAUUCAUCAAUGUCGACGGCACAGUGGAGUUGGGGCAGCUGCUGUCGGCGCUGCAGACGGAGCGAGCCGAAGUAGCCUACUACGUGUUCUCCAACGGAUCCAAACUAAGAGACAGCUUAUCGGAAACCUUCAGGAGGACCGACGUAGCCCUGGAAAGCGUGCAUGCGUGGCCCAAUUUCACAUCUCUGGCUUCAAAGGACAACUUGGCUUCGAAGUUGCGAUUCCAAAUCAAGCUCGAGGACUUGAGUGCUACUCUCGCUGCAAAAUUCUUUAGUUUGUGUCCCUUGUAUUUGUUUAUAUUUGUGGAGCACCAGAUCCUUAGGCAGCGAGGAAUCAGCAUGACCACAGAAGCUAACGAAGACGACAUAGCGGACCGGAUGGACUGGUACAACCAAAUCACGUUCUUCAUCAUGGAAGCCGUCAUUAGGAACAUAAAGGAUGUGAACGUCUCCAACGUGUGGAAGCUCCUGCUCGCCUACAAGGACAUGAUCCGUUCCGUGGAAUACUUCGGCAUCGUCACGGUGGAAGGCCUCUAUUUCUUCGGCAAAGGAAGCCUCAACCAACCGAGGUUCAUCAAUUACAUCACCUACGACGUCCUUGCUUGGAAGUCCUUGAGCCAGACAAAGGAUUUCGUCCAGUAUAUCGAGGAGAAGGUGGAGCUGUUCGAGAGCCAGUACGUGGAGUACAGGAACAUAACGGAGUGGCGAGAUCUGAUCAGAGGCAACGUGGAGCAGACGGUGAACCUCGUUGUGGCAGACGAGUAUUUCUAUGCAAUGAAGCGGUUUACGGAUGAGCUGAGGAGUCUGCAGUGGUAUCUAUUAGGUGUGAUCAAGGAAUACAUGGUGGACGAGACGGCCUACGCAGACACGCAGGUGACGCUGUCGAUCAUCGUGCUCGUUAUUGUCUUCAUCAUCUCGCCGAUCAUCAUUUUCCUCGUCCGACACGCCACCUACACGAUCCAGAUCUUCGCCUCGACUCUGACCGUCAAGGGAAUUGAGCUGAAGCGAGAGAAACGGAGAAGCGAUCGACUAAUCCACCAGAUGCUGCCCAAAGCCGUGGCGCUGCAGCUCAAGAAGAAGAAAAUGGUUCCGGCUGAAAGUUUCAAGGAAGUCUCCGUCUACUUCAGUGACAUCGUAGGCUUCACGAAUAUCUGUUCUGAGUCGGAACCCAUUCAGGUGAUCUCGCUUCUGAACUCUCUCUACAACAUGUUCGACUCUCGCAUUGAGAAGUAUGACGUGUACAAAGUGGAGACGAUUGGAGACGCCUACAUGGUGGUGUCAGGUCUACCGCAUCCCAAUGGUUCCCGCCACGCCGCCGAGCUGGCCAACAUGGCGCUCGACCUGCUGGACGGCGCGCGCUCCUUCGUGAUCCCGCACCGCCCCGACAGGCCGCUCGAAAUCCGCGCCGGGAUGAACUCCGGGCCGUGCGUGGCAGGAGUGGUGGGGACUAAGAUGCCACGCUACUGUCUCUUCGGGGACACUGUGAAUGUAGCGAGUAGGAUGGAGAGUACAGGAGAAGGUAAAGAAUUAAAAUAG